AUGGCAGAAGAAUUUAACGGCGGGAUUUGUGGAGAAGCGUGGUGGAAUUGGACGGAAUCCAUGUUAACAGGGUGUUCUCCGCCGUGUUCUACGGAGUUUCCCGACAUGGGAAGCUUCGGAUAUGGAACUGAUACGGUGGAUGUCAAGGCAAGCUCCAUAGUUUUACAGGGUCAUCCUCCUUAUCAUCAAAAGCUUCAGCAAGCUGAUUCAGACAGCACUGGCAGCAGUAUUUUGGUUGAUUCUACUUUACAAAUGUUGGGUUUUAACCUCCCAUCAUCGACAACCUCGGACUGGAACUUGUCUUUACUUCGGAUUAAUGGGAGAACCGAGAGUUAUAAUUCGAUUCUUCAACAAGACAUUGAUUCAAGGUUGAGUCAUUGGGAAGAACCACACAUGGGUUCUUCUCAAAUCCUUAAGGAUUGGUGUCCGAAGAGCUUUUCAAGACAAGUGAAAGAUUCUUCCAUUACUGCUUUCGAGCCUAUCGAUCAAGAGUUCCCAUUGGAGCAACCGAAGUUGAAUUCGGCUAUCAGCUCCGUUAAUGGUAUACCGACGUGCUUGGACUUAUCGACCGGGUACCGAAUGGCUUCGGCAUCGAAUGAGUACCCAUCUAUGUUGUUACCGACGUGCUGGUCGUCGAUAAACUAUAUGUCGUCUGCAACAGCCGAUUAUGGGGCAAACGCUAAUGAAUUAUCACCUUUCAUAGGGCCAUCCUUGCCGAAACAACAAUUUCUUGUACAUCAAGCAUUCGACAAGAAACCUAAUUGCUUCAGCCCCACGUCAAAGACUAAUUCCGAAGAAGUCCAAAACUCCGGCUCGGUGACCACAAAGAAAGGAAGCAGUGAAUCUGCAUUCAAGAGACCAAAGCUUGAAACACCAUCUCCGUUACCAACUUUCAAGGUUCGGAAAGAGAAGCUAGGGGACCGAAUCACUGCGCUCCAACAAUUGGUUUCACCUUUCGGGAAGACUGAUACCGCAUCUGUUCUCCAUGAAGCCAUUGAAUACAUCAAGUUCCUUCAUGAUCAAGUCAAUGUUCUAAGUAUUCCACACAUGAAACAAGCAGCAGCUUCCCAGGUGAAAGAUCAAGAUGAGCCAAAACAAGAUCUAAGAAGCCGGGGGCUAUGUUUGGUGCCAAUAUCAAACACAUUCCCUCUUAUUAAUGAGACAACAGUCGAUUUUUGGACGCCAACUUUUGGCGGAACAUUGAGAUAAAGAAGAAGACAGUUAAUAAAGCUAAACGAAGGCCAUAAAAUAAAAGGAAAAGGAAAGUGACGGUCCAAAGAUGUAUCGACAGACACGAACACAGUGUGAUGGGCCAGCCGCUACAAAGAGAAUGAUAGCAAGCAAAGCCUUUGUUAGAUAAAAGAAAAGAUAACCACGUGUUCUUUUUUAAUUGGUUCUUUAGUUAAUCGAA